AUGUCCCUUAGGAGCUUUGCGGCAAACGGGGAGGGCGGGGCGCUGAUCACUGGACCUGAAUCCGCCCGCGGUGACCUGCAGGCGGCCGCCCUCCGGUACCUCUGCUCCGUCGGCGACGUCUACCGUCCGAGUGAAACUUCUCUCCGUCUUGUAUGCGCUGCACAGCCGUGUCCCCGCCGCCAGGGGCUGAAUACAACAUUGAAAACAAGGAGUGCAAAAGAGGGAUCAAUACAAAAAAGUAAACAUGUCAGUUUGAAUUGUCAAGAUUAUUCCAGGGCAAGAGUUUAUUUCCAAUCACUGCUAUGA